AUGGCAGCUGUGAAGACCUGUGUUACUUGCCUGGCCAGUUUUUGCAGCAUACACCUGAAACCACACACUGACAGCCUAGCUCUGACUGGGCACAUGCUGUGCUCUCCUGUGAAAGACAGGGAGAAACUGCUCUGCAGACAACACAGGAAGCUUCUGGAGUUUUUCUGCAAGACUCACAGAAUUGCUAUCUGUAGCCAGUGCUUGGUAAAACACCGUAAAUGCUCCACAUUCACGAUAGAGGAGUUGAGAAAUGAGCGGAGGCGUUUUAAGAGAUAUAUCAUUACAUUCCAGGUUGAAUGUGACAUGAAACUUGAGGAAAUUGAAAGAAGAGAGAAAGCUGCCAAUGCUGCUAUGGUUUCUGUAGACCAUAUAAAAGAUGGAAUUGUGGCUACUACUGAGCAGCUCACAGAGGACUUUUCCCAGUGUUUUCAGAUACUAAGAGACACCAUAGACAAGGCUGAGGGUAGAGCUAAAGUCUUCCUGGAGAAAGAGAAGGAGGAGGCCAGUCAGCAGCUGGAAAGUUUAGAGGCAGAAAUAGAUCAGUAUCUGAGUGAAUUGCAGCAGGCCAGAGCGAAACUGGAAGAGUGCAAAGCUGAUGCUUCCUACUUCAACUUUGGUGCACUGCAGCUGCUGUUACCUAAAGAGGUUGGCCAGCUUGACCUGUGCUCCACUAUUCAAAUAGAUGGUCUGGCUGUCAAACAGAUGAUGUCAGACCUCAGCCUCCUACAAAGUAAUCUACAGUCUCAGCUCCAUACCAUUCUCCAACGUAGAGAGGAGCUCCAAGAGAAAGAUGCCUGUAGAGUGACAUUUGACCCUCUCACAGCCAGCUCCUCUGUGCUGCUGUCAGAAGACCAUCUGACAGUGACAGUGGAGUCCAGUGGUCUGCUGGUCUGGAAAGACUACCAGGCCAACUCUGACAUGGGUUUCAGGGUGCUGUGUUCUCAGAGCUUCACCAGAGGGCAGCAUUACUUGGAAAUUUACCCUCCUGAGGAUAAAAACUGCAGCUGGGCCAUUGGUGUGACCUAUAACACUGGUCAGGACCACUAUCGCCCUUUAGGCCAAGACAAAAGCUCUUGGUGUGUCAGGUGGCAGAGGGCAAUGAUGGAGUCAGAGGAGGACAGGGAGGAAGGAGGACCAGGGAAGGAACUGUUAACAACAGCACCCAAAGAAGGAGAGCCUGAGAGAGCUGUAGGGAGAACCAAGAAACCACAGACAAAUUUCGAGAAGAUAAUAAGAAGAGUGAACCCAUUACCGGGAAAAGAGCAGGAAGUUCCACUGCAAACAGACAGGGGAAGAAAGAAUUGCCUUGAAGAUGAUGAGUCAGGUGCUAUCAGACAAGAAAAGGUUGAAAGUGCAGAAAAUGGCGAGGAGAGAGAGAAAGAGAUGAAAGAGAGAAAAGAAGAAGGAGUCCAAAAUCACAUACAAGUGACUGACUGCACAAAACCAGACAAAGCCAUUACAGGAUUCUGUGCCUCCCACGAUAAAAUGAUCCACUUUCUCUCCCAGCACCACCCUGGCAUGAUCGGAGUGCAUCUGGAUUGUGAUCGGGGUUCUGUCUGUUUCUUCUCAGUGUCUAAUAACAGGGUCAGGCUGUGCUACAGGUUUGAGACAGUAUUCUCUGCACCCUUACACCCGGCAGUCUGGAUGAGGGAACCAGACAAGAUGAUGACUAUCGGCUGA